UACUGCUACAAUCAGAACGUACGAACACCCACGGUGGGCGUCCACAUAACACGUCCGGCCGCUUCGUGCGUUCCGUGAGGCACGAUGAUCCCCGCGCACUCGCAGCAGAGCCCGCCGUUCACUUCCAGCGGCACGCGGAGUCCGGACGUGCGUGUCGAGCGGCGUGCGGAAGCCCACCCCCAAUCUGCGCGGACGGAUUGCUCCACUAGCCAGCCAGAGCGCGCACGUAGCCGGCCGCUGCCACAGGCCGUCGCCACCGAUCCAAACCCCACUAACCCGCCGUGUUAUCGUGUCGCAUCAAUGCAUCCUAUAAAUUCCGCCGCGGCGUCCCAUCAUCUUUGCAUCGAUCAUCAUACUUCUAGUUCCAGAGCUGCAGCAAAGGUUGAGAGGCGAGGAGAAGCCAAUCAGGAGUUGCACCGGCCGGCCUCACGCCAUGGCUUGUCACGUGAAGGCCAUUGUGUUUGGCGCCGCCGUCCUGGCAGCAUUUGUCCUCGCGACUGAGGGUCGCGCUGCCCGGAAGGACCUGGGGCUGGGCCUCGGCCUCGGCGGCGGCGGCGGCCUCGGGGUCGGCACGGGCGGCGGUCUAGGAGUCGGCACCGGUGGCGGCGUGGGGAUCGGCUCAGGAAUCGGUGUCGGCAUUGGCGGUGGCGGCUCUGGCUCUGGCUCCGGGUCAGGGUCCGGGUCUUACUCUGGGUCUGGGUCUGGGUCCGGGUCCGGGUCAGGCUCAGGUUCCGGGUCCGGGUCUUGGUCCGGCUCAGGCUCAAGGUCGGGCUCUGGCUCUGGCUCAGCAGGGUCAAGUGCAGGCUCGUACGCCGAGUCGGGCGCGGGCUCGAACGCAGGGCCAGGCGACGCAGGGUCGUACGCCGGCUCACGGGCUGGCUCCUACGCGGGCUCCAACGCCGGGAACGGAGGCUCCGGCGCCGGCUCGUACGCCGGCUCCGAGGCUGGCUCGUACGCAGGGUCUGGUGCUGGCCCGCAUGGGGGGUCCGGGGCCGGCUCGUACGCGGGGUCCAGGGCUGGCUCCUACGCUGGCAGCGGCCAUGGCAAGUGAGCACGCUGUGUAUGCGUUCGCGCCACUCUACCGAAGUGAUAUAUUGCGUGUGUUUAAAAUGGAUCACCUCCAUGCAGUUGUAUAAAUAAAUAAGUGUACGCAGGUGGCGAACGAUGAAUAAAGUGGCAUGUGUAAUAGUGUGUAUAA